CGUCACGUCACUAGUUAUCUUCGAAAGGUCGGCAGGGUCAGUGGAAGUGAUCGGCGAAUAUUUUAAUUUUUCAAUAAAAUUCUGACACUUCCCUUUUAAUACUCACGCGAAGAUGUUCUCCCGCGCCCUGAAGCCUGUUGGCACACUCGCCGUUCAAAAUGGAGCCAAGAGCUUCUCCACAUCCCCUCAGAGGAAUUUCAAAGUUGUGGUGGCGGGUGCGGCUGGUGGCAUUGGCCAGCCCCUGGCCCUGCUGAUCAAACAGAACCCGCUGGUGACCCAGCUGGCGCUAUACGACCUGGCGCCGGUCACGCCCGGCGUGGCCGUGGACCUGUCCCAUAUGAACACCGUGGCCAAGGUCACUGGUCACAAGGGCCCUGAGGAACUGCCUGCCGCCAUCAAAGGCGCCGACCUGGUCGUGAUCCCCGCCGGCGUGCCCCGCAAACCUGGCAUGACCCGCGACGACCUCUUCAACACCAACGCGUCCAUCGUGCGUGACCUGGCGCAGGUGGUCGCUGAACAGUCCCCCAAGGCCAUCAUGGCUAUCAUCACCAACCCCGUCAACUCCAUGGUGCCUAUUGCCUCCGAAGUACUGAAGAAGGCCGGCUGCUACGACCCCAACCGCGUGCUCGGCGUGACGACCCUCGACGUGGUCCGCGCGGCCGCCUUCAUCGGCGAGAUCAACGGCGUCGACCCCCAGUCCGUCCAGAUCCCCGUCAUCGGAGGACACUCCGGAGUCACCAUCAUCCCGCUCCUCAGCCAGAGCAAGCCGGCUGUCAAGCUGACUGACCAGGGCAAGAUUGAGGCCUUGACCAAGAGGAUACAGGAGGCUGGUACUGAGGUGGUGAAGGCGAAGGCCGGCGGCGGCUCCGCGACGCUCUCCAUGGCGUACGCCGGUGCGCGCCUCGCCAACGCUGUUCUGCGCGGUCUUAACGGCGAGUCCAACGUCGUAGAAUGCGCGUACAUCAAGUCGGACCUGACCGAGGCGUCGUACUUCGCCAACCCCCUGGUGUUCGGCAAGGGCGGCGUCGCCAAGAACCUCGGCUACGGCUCUCUCAACGCCUACGAGCAGCAACUGCUCAAGGAGGCCAUCCCUGAGCUCAAGAAAAACAUCGUCACCGGCGAGAAAUUCGUCAACAAGUAGAUGGGCAAACUUGUGAAAAUGUCAUUGUAACGCGGUUAAGUUUUUGAACUCUAGCCGCACUGAUAAGACCAAAUGGUUCGCAAAACUCUUUAACCUUUUACCAGACUAAGGGAUUUAUAUUUCCCACAUACGGCACAUCAAACAUGUGUUCUAUUUUAGAUCAGUAAGACUUACAUUCGAUUGUCAUUUUAGAACAGCCUGGUAAAGGGUUAAAUCGAUAAUUAUAAAGGAGAUAAGGGAUUGCGGAAUUUAGCCAACGAAAUGCAAUUUUGAUUCGUCUAAAGAUCCUAAAUACAAUGCCUUUUAAAAGGCCUCUGGGUGGCUAGAGAAUUACCUACUGCUAUGAUAUGUAAAUGCUUAUGAUAGUGAGAUCAACACGGUACGGUACCUAUAAUUUUAUAGCUGUAAUAUUAUUGGAAACGGGUUAAAUUUUCUUAACCUUUUUACCAAAAUAUAUGUCGUAGAAUUUUAACCGGUUACAAUGAUAUUUGUCAUUAAAUUAAGUAGAAGGCCAGGCGCGGAGAAUCGAUUUAAGUUUAAGUUUAUUGUGUAAGUGUCGAACGUUAACUGUUACAUAAAUAUUUAUUUAUUUAUUUAAAUAAUUUUUGUCAAGUUUUUACAAAAAACUUUUUUUAAUUAUUUUUUAUCUGGCAUAGUUAAAAACUGAUAUUUAUACACCAUAAUACAGUAUUGAAUCAUCUUAGCAUCCGGUCUGGCCCAUUGGUAGCGUGGUAAAUAACUAAACCCCAUAUAUACACUUAGUAUUUCAUCUGCAUUUCGAGCAAAGUUAUUUCGAUACCUUCAGACUUAAAAUAAUUUUUAUAGUGUCUCAUAGUAUCGAAAUAUUCAACCAAGUAUUGUGGUCGAGGUAUUACGUAGCACCUAUUGCCAAAGUUACCAUGUUUGAGUGAGGACGAGUGUUUGUAAAUAUAUUGAGUGUCCGAAUGUGGUAAUAAAUGUUACUACACUUU